AUGGUUCAAGAGCCCAUGGGAAACUGUGCCAAACGGCCCCGACACCGGGGGCCUAAGGACUGCUGGCAGUGGCCUGGCUCCCCGCCAAGGGGGUCCCGCCAUGGCCUGGGCCCCAGCCCCGAGGAGCAGGGGAGCCCUGGGCCGGGUGUCCAGGGCUGCUACUCCGUGCUCAGCAGCCUGGUGGGGCCUGCCUGCGUCUUCCUGCGGCCCAGCAUCGCCGCCACCCAGCUCGACCGGGAGCUGCGGCCAGAGGAGAUAGAAGAGCUGCAGGCCGCCUUCCAGGAGUUUGACCGAGACCGGGACGGCUAUAUCGGCUACCGGGAGCUGGGAGCCUGCAUGCGGACACUGGGCUACAUGCCCACAGAGAUGGAGCUCAUCGAGAUUUCACAGCAAAUCAGUGGCGGGAAGGUGGACUUUGGCGACUUUGUGGAGCUGAUGGGCCCCAAGCUGCUGGCGGAGACCGCGGACAUGAUUGGCGUCCGGGAGCUGCGGGACGCCUUCCGGGAGUUCGACACCAACGGGGACGGCUGCAUCAGCUUGGGUGAACUCCGGGCGGCCCUGAAGGCCCUGCUGGGAGAGCGGCUCAGCCAGCGGGAGGUGGACGAGAUCCUCCGUGACAUUGACCUCAACGGGGACGGCCUGGUCGACUUUGAAGAGUUUGUGCGAAUGAUGUCUCGCUGA